UGAUGGUAGUGGUCCACCGGGCAUGUAGUGCGGAGCUCCAACACUUGCUCCCUGCACGAGGGAGCGAGAGAGAGAGAGAGAGAGAAUCGUGCCCCCUCCUGCCGCGGGCGGCGCCACUCGAGGAGAUCCUUUCCUCUUUUCGCCUCUAGGCCAUUCUCGAGAGGCGCGCGCGCCAACACGGUGUCGCCCGAUCGGUCCUCGUCGACCUUCGUUCGAUAAUCGCGCGCGUUUGAAAAAGAGUGCGCACCUUAUCACUGUUAUCGGGUGAAUCCACCUGAAAGUGACCUCGCGGAGCGUCGAUACGGCGACGGUGCUCCCGCUCCGCCCGCUGCCGGGCGCGCAUUAAUCGCCAACGACGACGAUGUGCUUCGCUGUCGCCUCUCCGUCCUCCACGUGACAGUGCGCGCGACCACGUGGUCCACCAAGAUUGAUCGAUCGCAUUCUCGCCGCAAAGCUUCUCCCGUUACCAAGCGAGAGAGAUUCGAAAAAAGUGGUGACUUCCGUUUGCGGAGCAGAUUUACGGAGACGAAGAAUAAUAAAGUUUCCCACGACAUAUCGACGGAUCAGCCAUCGGCAGUGAAGAUUUUUGGAAGCUGAACUGUGAUCGCUCGUGGAUCCUCGCGCAGGAGAGAAGCACUCGAGGAUCUCUGUAAACGUGUGAUUUAUUGCAAAGGAUCGAAUUACGCCGGCCGUCGUAAACCGAGAGAGAAUAUCGUUAUGUCCGCGCGCCGUGCGCGUCGAUCGAACAACGGUGGCCGCCGUUUACGUUUCGAUUCCCGCGGUGAAAUCGGGCUGGGUCGAGCGAUCAAGCUAACGAUUGUGAGAACCGUAGCCGGCACUGACUCGCCAAGGUGCUCGCCUGCCACGUGACUUUCGGUCACUGCGGUUUCUGCGCCAUUCGAUACGCGCAAGCGUGUGUUAUUGUAUAUAUAUAUAUCGUUAGCGGACGCCGAUAACUGAUCACUCAAUCGAAUCGCCACAAAUCUGAAGAAGAAUUGCCGCACCAAGUUUUCGAACGUUUCUUAUACAGUUCAGCAACAUUAUUUUAUCGACGGCGAGGAAAAAUUAACGGUCUACGAAGCGACGCGAGCGCGUAAAUGAUGACGCGUAACGAGACGCUCGAAUCGCCGCGACGUCCGGCUACGAGGAAAAUUCCCGUCUGACGUGAUGCCAUUUAAUUUCGCAUCACCAAACAGCUGGAGCUGCUGUCUGAACCGCGGCUAACGCGCGGAGGGAACCACAGCGAAUUCCGGUGCGCGUUGCGUAUCGCACGUGGAGCCGGAGAGUUGAAUGCGCGCAUAGGCGCGAGGUCGUCCCCCUUGAUCGGUCUCGAAACGUAGCUCGCCGGAACUCGUUCGAAGACUCGUGACGCAUCGCGUGAACGCGAGACACGGUCCCGGGGCGAUCGUGACGCAAGAUCAGGAGGCAUUGAACCGCGUGUUUUCAACGCGACGAAAUUUCACGAGCGCGCGAGAUCCAACAGCGUGGAUCGAAAUCACAAUGAUGAUUCGCGCGAAUAAUGAUGCGACGGUAGUUAUCGUUCCGCGCUGUGAUUGACGUACGCAUGAUUGCCUGCUAAGCGCGAAUCCACCACGCUUGUACUACUAUUACAUUACCGAAGUCUUAUUAAAGCGACUACAUCGCGAUUCCUCAUCGCGCGCGAUCGAGAUGUCGAAGCCGGAGCGGGACGGCGCGCUGACAGCUGUUCGCAAAUACCGCUGACGUUUAAGCGCUCUUAAUUGAGCGGAAUAUAACGCGCGCCGAGAACAGCGUAGUUCCCCCUCGAUGGCUCUUCGGCGAUGGUGAAAGUUACGCCUGACAGCAAAUUUGCAUACAAUUAUUGCCGUGCCAUUGUAAACGCGUCGUCAUAGAUGCUCCGAAGUUCAACGCAAACACGUCGUGCAUGCAGUGCGGUGACUUGUUGGAAUUUUUCUGCGAAAACCUUUUUUCGACAUUCGGAGAAAUAUAUUAUCUCUGUUAAGACAGGUUAAGACAGGUUGAAAGGAAACUUAAAAAUAAACCAAAACGUUCCUAUUGAUCGACGAACUUUUUGCCGCAAUCGCCAUCCGGAGCGCAGCAUCCGACGCUCGGCCUGCAAUCGUCUUCUUUUCAAACUGUCCUUUUUGCAGGCGAGUUGCACGCGUGCACUCGAAAGGGUAAAGCGUACUAAUUGUGCCUCUUAUUGACUGUAAAACCGGUGUUUGAGCAGUCCGCAUACGAUGGUGUUCAUAUGCGCUUGAAAUUAAACGUAAUCAAACGAUGAUGAUCGCAAGAGGAAGGUGCGCAUCACCGCGAUUAAUGGCCGGUUUAAUGCUUGUCGGCUUGUACGGCAAAAUUUGAACGGAGCCAAAACGAAAUUUGAACGAAAAACUUGCGAAACGCUUUUUAGCGAGCGUCCUCGCUUAAAGGAACGCGCGAGUCUGCACGUUUAAUUCACGAACGAAUUUCUGGAUAUUUCUCUCAAAUAAACGGAGUUUAUGCGGUUAAUGGACGAUCAUUAUAUCAUCAGGAAAUAAUCAGGGAAGAUUGCCGUCGACGAUGUAACUUCACAAAUGUACAUGCGAAUACUGACAUGUCGGACUCUUCGUAAUUGGCCGAAGUUUAACGACGAAAGCAAACUGCCUCGCGCAUUCCUCCCUCAUUAAACGAUUAUUGAAUGAUACUCGCGUCGUUCGACGAGCGUAUCGGUAAACAUACCGAUUGAUUGAAUCGUCCACGAGACUUUCACUAUCGAUGUCUCAUUAUCAGCUCCUUACAUCAUCAUCGUCGGAAGUAGGAACGAAAAACUGGCGCGGACUCGAUUUUCGGGUCUUUUUGCGACGAUACGAGUUCGUUAAAACCGACCGGGAAUUAAUCAGAUAAUUUUCUUGGCGUCUUCCGAUAAUUGAGCUCAUGAACGAACGAGAUUAAACGGUGAAAGGCGGCUCUAUGUGCGCGCAUCUGUAUUCACACGAUAUCAGCUGGUGCCUCGCUGUCGCCUAUCGGCUGCCGGCGACCGUCUCGUCGGAUUUGCGCGAAUUCCGGCGGGCAAGAUAGCGCGACAUUAUCACGGCGGACAUCGGGGCCCACCAUGUCCGUUCUGGAGAGCGGCGAAGCCGACCGUGCAGCGACGAUGUCACCGCUCGACGAAGUCGUGUCCCCGACGAGCGUCGAAUCGGAACUGAUGGUCACCGACAUGUUGGAGGAGCACGAAGCCGCGCUCAACGAGCAUCGGGACGGCAAGCGCAAGAGAGAUACGGACGGCGACGAGCUGACGCCGAGGAAGCUACCGUCGCUCACGAGAAAUAACAACGAGGUCGGGUUCGUUCUCGAGGAGAACCCUGACGACGAGCUGCACGAAGAUAGGGACGACGACCGCCUGACGGGUCAUGGGGGCAUUUCCUCGCUGGGCGGCGGGAACUCGUCGCCCUAUUCCGGUGCCCAUCACCAUGGACAUCGGGGAAACGGAAACGGGGGCGGUAUGCCCCACCAUGGGGGCGCUUCGCUGCCGACCGCCUCCGAUUUUCAACCCCCGUACUUUCCGCCCCCUUUCCCCUCGCACCAUCACGCACCCGCCAGUCCUCAGCAUCCCGGUCUCGGGCAGCCGCAACACCUGGAUUACCUCGUCGGCGAUCCUUACACGCAAACGCUCAACACGCUGCACCAGCACCACUACAAUCACCUGAGCGCCGCCGUCACCGCGGGCCAGAGGAGCGGCGAUCUCAGGCGAGACACUGAGGGGAUUCACGUGACGAACAUGCACGCAUCGUUCCCUUACGACGGUGGACGCAGUAGUGGUGGCGGCGGAGGUGGUGGAGGCGGCGGAGGUGGCGGUGGAGGUGGUGGUGGUGGAAGGGGCGUCGAGUAUGGCGCCGUACGACGUCCUGACGCCCUUCUACCGCCUCCGGGCCUCGACCAAACCGACCUCGUUUUACACAGCAGCCUCGUUGACGACCCCCAGGUGAGCGACGAUAAUACAAACGUAGACGAUGGAGGGUUCAUGAACGAUCUGCCACUCUUAAAAAAUAUGAAACCUUCGGACAGGAGCGAGAAGACCAUGUUAAGCGGAAACGCGCAACCGUCGGACGUAUUCUGUUCGGUCCCAGGACGAUUGUCGUUACUAAGCAGCACCAGCAAGUACAAAGUUACGGUAGCAGAGGUACAAAGACGACUGUCGCCACCGGAAUGCUUGAACGCGAGUCUUCUCGGUGGCGUGUUGCGAAGAGCAAAAUCCAAAAACGGCGGACGUCUGCUUAGGGAAAAGCUGGAAAAAAUCGGCUUGAAUCUGCCAGCCGGUAGAAGGAAGGCGGCCAACGUCACGCUCUUAACAUCCUUAGUGGAAGGAGAAGCCAUUCACCUGGCCAGAGACUUCGGCUACGUUUGCGAAACUGAAUUCCCGGCGAAGCAAGUUGCCGAGUAUCUCAGCCGGCAGCAUUGCGAGCCGCAGGACUCCUACAGGAGGAAAGAACUUCUUCAUGCCACCAAACAAAUCACCAAAGAGCUGAUGGAUCUUCUGAAUCAGGACAGAUCGCCACUUUGCAACACGCGGCCGCAACAUAUUCUCGAUCCCAGUAUACAGAGACAUCUCACUCAUUUCUCUCUCAUAUCACACGGAUUCGGAAGUCCUGCGAUCGUAGCCGCUUUAACGGCUAUACAGAAGUUCCUAAGCGAGUCUUUGAAUCAUCUGGAGAAGAUGUAUCCCGGGAACGGCAGCGGCGUGACGAGCAGUCAACAGUCGAAUCUCGACACGAACAAGAGCAAGGACAACACGCUGAUGAACGACAUGAAGAAGUGACGCACGGAAGACCCGCCUACCUCGAAUGUGGUCACGUCUAUCAGACACUCCUGGCCGUACAAUUGAGCUUCCGUCAACGUCAACCACUCUUGCGGAAAGCUCGCAGUGGACCACUAUAGAACGCGUACACGCACAUGCCGAGAACGCGUACGCCGAGGUUGGCUGGUCGUAAGCUUCUAUAGGCAAUUCUACACGCAGGCUGCGUAACGUGCGAAAUGUGCAAUCAGGGAUGGUCGAUGAUAGGAAAUAAGAAAGCAAAAAAAAAAAAAAAUUCGCGUAAUAGAGCCCGCUGCGAAGAAAUUUAAGGACGGGGCCUAACUUUUGUCGCUGGUCGCUUUUGUGCGGUUUCUAUUUAUUCUGUACUUUACGUUGAAAAUUCAAAUUAGAAUUUAUGUUAAGAAACGUCUGAAAGACCUUUCUUUUUAUUAAUGCUUACAAUUGCAAUUAAAAUUUUAUUCAUAUAAUUUUAUAAGAAGUUUUUGGAAAAAUUUUUUUGUAAGUAGAUGAGUAAAUAUCUAUGCUAUAAAUAUGUACGAUGUUAGAGCAAGAAGAGUUAGAUCUAUACAUCAUGUAAAUAUCCAAUAGAUAUUCUAGAAUAUUUCUCGUUAAUAAUACAUAUUUCUUAAAGUGCAUUUAAUGUAUUUUAUAUGUAUCUUCACUUCUUUUUCUCAGUUGA